AUGUUUAAACAAAAUCCAAUUCUUAAUCUAUUUUCUGAUGAAUUUGAUAUCAGUUCCUUUUUCUGUCAAAAUAGAUAAUUGAAUAAAUUGAAAAGGUAAGAUAUAGUUAAAAAAACAGACUAAAGCUAUGAUUAUAGAUUGAAAAGAAUGAUAAUUGAUUGUGGGAAUAAAUGUGGGAUUAAGUAUUUGAGACCUAAUAAAAAUCAGAUAACAUUUAUGAAGAUUAGAAAUUGUUCUAUAAUGUGUAAACAAAGUACGAACAGUGAAUUGCCUAUUAUGAAUUAAAGAACAAGAAAUAAGAGUGUGUAACCAUCUCGAAUUGAGUAACAAUUUGAGAUAGGAGCUUGGACUAAGGAGAGUUGGUCAAGUGUCUGAAAGGAGAAUAAAAAUGAUAAUUGUAUAUAUUUAGUUGUUUUUAUUAAAAAAUCCGUUUUUGUCAGGCACGUUUUAGGCUUUGGAGAAAAACAAAAAAAAUAUUAUUAUUAAAAUGAGACUUGCCUUGUGCUUAUUGGUUAUUUUAGCCGUUGCCAGUGCUACACCAAAAUUCAACUUGGAUUACUCCAAGAAGAGAUCAAUGACAGCAGUCAUGGCUGAAGUUGAAGCCAAAUUAAAGAACAAAUCACCACUCGAUGCUAUUUUGAACGUAUUGAGAGACUUCAGAGAUGCUGUUAACACAGAAUAAGUUAACCACGAUGAAAUUUACAACGUCUAAGUCACAGAAUGUGAUUCUGAAAAUGCUUUCAGAAGAGCUGAAGUCACUGAUGCCAGCAAUGUCCUCAGAGAUUCAACUGCUGCCUUGAAUGUUGCUUAAACUUCAAAGAUCAGAGCCACCAACUAAUAAGAAGUCAAUUAAUAAUAAUACUUCUCAGCUUAAGAACACUUAAACAGUGUUUUGAGUGCUGCAGAAACAGAAGCUGGAUACUUCAAGAGAAGAGGAAGAGAUUAUGAAGACGCUCUCCAUGCUAUUGAUGAAGCAUCAGAUAUCUUAGCCGCCAUCUACAGUGGAUCAGGAUCAUUCGCUGAAAUCAGCAGAGUUUCAAAGAGCAUGCUCUAAACUGCCUUCAACAUCAAGGAAACCGCCAAGUUUGCCCCAGUCUUCUAUGCCUUCGCUUAAUUGGCUGCCCAAGAAGGAUAACUCGACGAAUCAGCCCUUGAAAGAGUUGCUUAACUUUUGGAAACCUUGAGAGGAAACAUCCAAGAAGCCUACAACGACUUCACUGAAUCAAAUGCUGUUUCAGUUGCUGCCUUCAAUGACUAAAAGGACAGAUUAGGAUAAACCAUCGCUAGACUUGAAGCCUAAAACGAAAGACUCUAAAAUAAACUUGAUUCAUUGAACCAAUAAAUCGGAACUCAAUCAGCUAUUGCAUAAACCGCCUCAGGAAAACUCUAAAGAAACCAAUAACUUUGGGAUUAAGCCUAAGCUUUGUGCUCAACCUUCGCCAACGAAUACAACUAUGCCACCUAAGCCAGAAGAAACGAACUCUAAUUGGUUGCUGAAUUAGAAGAGAUGGUUGAAGCUAGAUUCAACUAAGUUGAAGAUGAAAACCACGAAAGAAACCAAAGACUUGCCAACCAAGCUUGAUCUUGUUUUCAUUUUCAUUAAACAAUAUAAAUUUAAUAAUUC